UUAAUGGCCGUUAUGUUAAUUCCUCUUUGUCUACGUUCAAAGCAACGUUUCCAAGUAAACCAUAGGCAAAUUUUCAACUAUAUCAGCGUGGCUGGAAGCGAACGUUAUCACCCCUAAUCUAUCAGAAGAAAGGUAUUUUUGAUGGGUUAACUGGAAGAAUAAGGUCAAAGCAAAGCCAGGUUUAUCGAUCAUAGAAAAGAAUCAGCAGCUAAAUUCCACAGAACUAAGUAAAUAAUAAUCGAUAUGGAAACUAAAGAUGUUAAAACAUUCCACCAGUGUGUUGUAUGUGAUGAGAUUUUCCAACAAUAUGAUGAUUUAGAAAAACAUAAUAAAAUACAUGUUAAAGAAGCGAAAACUGAUGAAUAUUGUCAUGUUAAAAAAGAGAAAACUGAUGAUGCAGAUGAAUAUUGUCAUGUUAAAGAAGAGAAAACUGAAGAUAUUGAAACAGUUUAUCAGUGUAAUUUAUGUGAUGAAGAAUUUAAAUCGGAUACUGAUUUAGAGAAACAUUGUGAAUUACAUGUGGAAGAAGAGUUGAAAGCUGAUAAUGAUAGUGAUGUAGGCCUACAAUCAGCUGACGGUGAAACUGCAACAAAACGUUUUAAAUGUAAUGUUUGUAGUAAAUUAUUUAUUCAUAAUAGUGGCCUACAAACACACAUGAGAAUUCAUACUGGUGAAAAGCCAUAUAAAUGCGAUGUUUGUGGUAAAUCAUUUCCACAGAGUAGUCAUAUAUACAGGCAUAUGAAAAUCCAUACUGGCGAGAAAUCUUAUCAUUGUGAUGUUUGUAAUAAGUCGUUUAGUUUUAGCCAAGGUUUACAAUAUCAUAUGAGAACGCAUACAGGUGAAAAACCUUAUAAAUGUGAUGUUUGUAGUAAAUCCUUUGCACAGAAUUACACUCUACAGUCACACAUUAGAAUUCAUACUGGUGAAAAACCUUAUAAGUGUGAUAUUUGUAGUAAAUCAUAUAGACAAAGUUGUAGUCUACGGCAACACGUGAGAACUAAUUGUGGAUCACUAACAGACAGAAUAAAGCUUCCGAAAAUGAAUACUUUUACUGGUGAAAAACCUAUUAAGUGUGAUGUUUGUAGUAAAUCAUAUACUGAACGAAGUACUCUACGGAAGCACAUGAGAAUUCAUACGGGUGAGAAGCCCUUUCAAUGUGGAGUUUGUAGUCGAUCAUUCACCGAGAGUGGUUCUCUUCAUAGACACAUGAAAAUCCAUACAGGGGAAAAACCUUAUAAAUGUGAUGUUUGUAGUAAAUCAUUUCCGUUGCAUGGUUCUCUUCGGAGACAUUUGAGAACUCACACCGGCGAGAAACCCUUUAAAUGUGAUGUUUGUAGUAAAUCAUAUACUGAACGAGGUACUUUACGGAAACACAUGAUUAUUCAUAUUUGAGAAAUCUUAUAAAUGUGAUGUUUCUAGUACUUUUAGAAAAUACAAUCUUACCAUGCGGAAGACGUUAUAUUACGCCUGGUCGAGGAAAUCUAAUUGAAGGGAGACAACUCUAUUUACUGUUAGUUUUAUUAUGGUAUAAGACCACUCAAAUUUGUAUUCAGAAAAAAAUAGGCCCACAAAUGACGUUUUUCGUCAAAUUAAUUACGCAAUAGGGGGUAGUUAACGUCAAAUUAAUUACACAGUUAAGGGGUUAAUGAUAUAAAAAUAAGGAAUUAUUUUUUAAUUCUAAUUUCCACUUCAAAAUUUGGUCAAUUUAAAUCAACAUUGAUGUUGUUAUCUUAUCGUGAAAAGUUGGGCGUCUGAUAUCAAAUAUUUAAAACAAAAAGGAAAUUUCUUUGAGCACGAGUUGUAUGAAUCGAGGCUAAACAUAUCCCAUGUACAGUUCGUCCCAAACACUAUGAAAUUGCUAAGAUGUAACGUAAUUUUUCGCUCAAUUUCCCCACAAUUUUUUGCUCAAUCUCCUUUCGAUUUUCCACUAAUAUUCGUUUGGAAACAUUAUGUUUCCAGAGGAAAACACCAUCUUAUCCCAGGCUUUACGACUAGGAAUUCGCCAGCGUUUAAUAUUUUAUAACCAGUAAUAAUCUACAUCAAGACAUAAACGACCUGUUCUGUUUUACCGAAA